UUGCUUCUCGCUACAAUAAGCAAUCUUUAAAGCUUCGGUGCUCGCGGCGUCCUGGAGGGCAGAUCGAUCUCUCAACUACAUACCCAAAGGCAAGUAAUAUGGAAAUGCUCCUGCAGCUUGUCCUCGGUCUUCUACUUCUUGCGGCAAAUUAUGCCUCCGCUAUUGCCAUUCCUAGCCCUCAGUGCCAAAAGCAGUGUGGCAACGUCGAGAUACCGUAUCCAUUCGGCAUCGGCGUCAACUGCUCACUGUCAGUAGACUUCAACAUCAGCUGCCAAGUCCAAGAGGGCAUCUCCAAACCAUUCAAAGGCGAUUUUGAGGUGCUCGAUAUUUCCUUGUCUGAUAGCACGAUGCGGGUGCUCAACUACAUCGUCACAUACUGCUACAACGCUACCUCCAAUGAUAUGGAGGUCGGCGGCAAAUAUAGAAAAUUUGACGCACGAGAUACCCCGUACCGCUUCUCGGACGUCCACAACAAGUUCACAGUCAUCGGGUGCAACACCCUUGCCUACAUCUUCGACAGCGAUAAUGACACUGUCUUACAGAGCGGGUGCGUUUCAACAUGCGGUAAGCUGUCAGUGGCCGACGGCUCCUUCUCCGGCAUGGGCUACUGUCAGACGGUGAUCCCCAGAGGGAUGGACUAUUACAGCGCUGACUUUGACAUCGGCUUUAACACAAGCCAAAUCUCAAGUUUCAGCCGAUGCAGCUACGCCGUGUUGAUGGAGGCGGCAGCGUUCAACUUCAGCACCCUGUACGUCAACACGACCAAGUUCAAUGACACGUAUGCUGGGCGAGCACCCAUGGUGUUUAACUGGGCUAUAAGAAACGAGACUUCAUGUGAGGUGGCCAAACGAAACAAGACAGCAAGUUACGCAUGCCUUAGUGGCAAUAGCGAGUGUGUGGACUCCACCAACGGAGCAGGGUAUGUGUGCACUUGCUCAAAAGGAUACCAAGGCAACCCUUAUCUUCCAGAUGGAUGCCAAGAUUACAACGAAUGUAAAGACAGCUCCUCAUGCCCCUCGGGCAGCAUCUGCCACAACACAGAAGGAGGAUACCAGUGUUCGUGUCCAGCUGGAAGGAAGUUUUCUGACCAAAACAAAACAUGUAACCCUGAUACAGGCCUAAUAAUAGGAGUUACUGUCGGCUUCGUUGUUCUCCUGAUUUCCUCCUUCUUUGGAUACGUUAUCAUUCAAAAGAGAAAACUGAACAAAGUUAAGCAAGAACAUUUUCGACAGCAUGGAGGCCUGCUUUUGUUUGAGAAGAUGAAAUCAGAAAGAGGUCUCUCCUUCACGGUAUUUACCGAAGCUGAACUUAUGCAAGCCACAAACAACUACGACAAGAGCAGAAUAAUUGGAAGAGGGGGCCAUGGAACAGUCUACAAAGGAAUAGUCAAGGACAACAUGUCUAUUGCUAUUAAGCGAUGUUCGCUAAUCGACGAAAGGCAAAAGAAGGAAUUUGGUCAAGAAAUGCUAAUACUUUCCCAGAUCAAUCACAAAAACAUUGUCAAACUCGUGGGUUGUUGCCUAGAAGUGGAAGUUCCAAUGCUAGUCUAUGAGUUCAUCCCAAAUGGCACAUUGUUUGACCUUAUCCAUGGCAAGAAUCAAGCAUUACAAAUUUCUUUCAGCACCCUCCUAAGGAUUGCUCAUGAAGCUGCGGAAGGACUCCAUUUCCUACACUCGUAUGCAUCUCCUCCAAUCAUCCAUGGUGACGUGAAAAGCGCUAACAUCCUUCUUGACCAUAACUACAUGGCAAAGGUGUCGGACUUUGGAGCCUCAAUACUAGCCCCAUCCGACAAAGAGCAGUAUGUGACCAUGGUUCAAGGUACGUGUGGCUAUCUCGACCCAGAAUACAUGCAAACAUGCCAACUAACAGAAAAGAGUGAUGUCUAUAGCUUUGGAGUUAUUCUGUUGGAGGUUCUCACUGGCCAAGAGCCUCUAAAGUUGGAUGGGCCUGAGAAACAAAGAAGCUUGUCAUCAAAUUUCCUAUCAGCUAUGAAGGAGAACAAUCUAGACGUGGUGUUGCCGACUCACAUGAAGGGACAAGAGAGCAAUGAACUGAUAAGAGGGCUCGCAGAGCUAGCCAAGCAAUGCCUGGAUAUGUUUGGCAUUAAUAGGCCAUCCAUGAAGGAGGUUGCCGAUGAGCUUGGCAGAUUGAGAAAGAUUUCGUUGCAUCCUUGGGUACGACUGGAAGCAGAGACCGAAACUCAAAGCCUUCUUAGCGGUACAUCGACAGGUAGGUUUGAUAUAGAAUGUGCUACUACCAGGUAUCCUACACAAGAAGGUGAGAACCUUCCGAUGAAUCCAAGGAGUUCGUACUAUGCUAGGUGAAUUUCUACACGCUGGGCAUGUGCGUGGCCUUCUAUCCAGUGGGUAGAUUACAUUUUUUUUCAAAGUUUUCAUUUGAAUCUGUUUCCUCUGUUCUAGGGAUUGUAUAGUCCUGAUCGGCAUUUCUGUAAUAACUAUUCGUCAUGUUUCUUGUGUGGUCU